AUGAGUUCUAAAUUCAAUGGCAUGAAUCCAGGCGUGGAUAAGCAUCAUAAAAAGACGUCUGAUAUAUCCUAUGUAAAAUCGAUCGGUUUCGAUAAUCAAUUUCAUGCAAAGACAGGCACAAUUGAAAGGCGAGCACGUUUUUGUCUUGUUUCAAUUGUGGAAUCAAAAUCUAAUGAACUACAUAAAUAUUUACAAGAACGACAAAAGAUGAUAAAUAAAUUUAAUAAUCUUCUAGCAAAACGCUUGCAAGCUGACGAAAAUCUUUCAUUGGAUUCGUUUAAACUGCUACGACAAUUAGGCGAAGGAGGUUAUGGAACCGUUUUUCUUGCUUAUCAUGCAGAUAGAAAUGAAUAUGUUGCAUUGAAAGCCAUUAGAAAAUCUACAUUAGUUGAAACAAAUGAACAAAAUACAAUUAUUUCUGAAAGACAAUACGCAUUUGCAUUGAAUCAUCCAAAUAUUGUUCAACUUGUAACAAGUUUUAAAGAUAAUGAGUAUGUUUAUUUAGCGUUUGAACUUUUACAUGGCGGAGAUUUAUAUUCACUAAUGGCUUAUCAAAAAUUAACGGAACUUCAAGCGAAAUUUUAUUCAGCUCAGAUCGUGCUGACUCUUGAUUAUUUGCACAGGUGCAAAGUAGUCUUUCGUGAUCUAAAACCUGAAAAUAUCGUCUUGACACAACGUGGCUAUAUUAAACUAAUCGAUCUUGGCUUGGCAAAAAUUAUUCGCGGUUAUACACCUGAGAUCAUCAUGCAUCAGCCAUAUACAAUAUCACCUGAUUAUUGGACAUUGGGCAUCGUUAUUCAUGAAUUAGUGACUGGUGAUGCGCCCUUCGAUCGAACAUACAGAAUAGGUUCAAAUACAAAUGAUAGCGAAUCAAUCGAAUACGAAUAUGAUUUUCGAUCGAAGAGUACUAUCGAAAAUCAUAUAUCGAAUAUUAUCCAUUCGUCAUCAAAGCAUUACAACAUGUAA